GGCUGUGAGCUGGAAGCAGCAGCUCGCGGCUCCGUGUUGACUCUCACUGUCAGUGCAGCUGGUCAGUCGGCGGCGGUGUGUCCGUGUCUCUAAUCAAUAACCAUAUCAAUAAUGGAAUUAUUGGCUCGAUAUCUGGACAGGAGCGACUCAGUUAGCUCCAUAAUGACUCAAGACAUCAUCAAAGAGGAGAGCCUGAGAGAUGACCUAAGGUACUACUUCAUGAGUCCAUGUGAGAAGUACAGGGCCCGGCGGCAAAUCCCUUGGAAACUGGGGGUGCAGAUUCUGAAAAUCAUCAUGAUCACUACACAACUCAUCCUGUUCGGCCUCAACAACCAGCUGGUGGUGUCCUAUAAGGAAGAGAACACCAUAGCCCUCAAGAACCUUUUCCUCAAAGACUAUAGCGGGGUGGACGAGGACGACUACAGCAUUGCUGUCUACACCCAGCAAGGCGUUUAUGACAGUCUCUUUCAUGUCCUGGAUCAGUACAGCCAGUUGGGACGGCUCUCUGUCGGUCCUAUUAGCUAUGCUGAGAAUGAAGAUGGGAGCCUCCUGCCUCUUGUCGUGUGUAAACACUACUACAAGAGAGGCAGCAUCCAGCCCUCAGAUGAGGCCUACGACAUAGACGCCCAGCUGGAGGAAGCUUGCAUGACACAUGAUCCAAAGACGGCAAACCAAUGGAAAGCUGAGAAUUCAUCAUUUUUUGAUCUGGACUUUUACAGGCUUGUUGACAUCAAAAUCACAUUCCAGCUGAAAGGAAUCAACCUACAGACAGUGCGGUCCCGCGAGUUACCUGACUGCUACUCUUUCUAUGUCACCAUAACGUUCGACAACCAGUGUCACAGUGGAAAGGUGAAAAUGUACCUUGACAUGGACGCCCUGAGCAGUGCGUGCCGAGACUGGAAGAUAUCAGGGACGGCCCAGAAGAACACACACUAUCUUCUGGUGUUUGACGGCUUCGUCAUUCUGGUGUGCCUCACCUCAGCCGUGUUGUGCACCCGCUCCAUCAUCCUGGCUGUCAGGUUACUGCAGAGAUUCGCCAGAUUCUUCCAUGAGAACUACAAUCGCAAAGUAUGUGAGGACGACCAACGAGAGUUUCUGAAUGGCUGGUACCUCCUGAUCAUUAUCAGCGACCUCUUGGCCAUAGUGGGAUCCAUACUGAAGAUGGAAAUACAAGCAAAGAGUCUAACUAGCUAUGAUGUGUGUAGUAUCUUCCUGGGAACAUCUACGUUGAUGGUAUGGGUCGGAGUGAUCAGGUACCUGGGCUACUUCCAGAAGUACAAUGUGCUGAUUCUAACCAUGAAAGCAGCGUUCCCCAAGGUGCUGCGCUUCUGCUGCUGUGCCGGCAUGAUCUACCUGGGCUACACCUUCUGUGGCUGGAUCGUACUGGGGCCAUACCAUGAGAAAUUUGAAGGCCUGAGUCGUGUGGCUGAGUGUCUGUUCUCCCUGGUGAACGGGGAUGAUAUGUUCACAACCUUCGCUCAGCUAAAGGACAAGAACAUCCUGGUAUGGCUCUUCAGUCGCGCCUACCUCUACUCCUUCAUCUCCCUCUUCAUCUACAUGGUGCUGUCGCUCUUCAUCGCCCUCAUCACUGACGCCUAUGAAACCAUCAAGAAUUACCAGAAGGAUGGAUUCCCUUUGACAGACCUGCAUAAGUUCCUCAGAGAGCAGAGAGAUUUUCCUUUUGUUGAGGAGGGAAGCCAGGCCGACACUUAUGUGGGAUUCUCAACAUUCUGCUGCUGCAAACGAGUCCCAGAAAGUGAUGAUGUCAUACUCAUCAGCUGACAGCAGUCCCAGCUCCAGACAGGACGAUCCGGAGAUGUUGGGAACAGGGAUUCACAUGUCUGAGAUACGCUCUUCCACAGGGGAGAUCAAAGUGCCCCAACUGAAAGUGCUGAGAGUGCAGGUUUAUGGUUCCAGCAAAAGAUUUUGUGUACUUUGUAGGGAAAAGUAUAGUGCAAUAUAAAAUGCUAAUGAAUCCCUCUCUUAACCGUGAAACCAAAGCUUGAGUGCAAUAGGUUUUAUAUUAUCUAAUGGAAUUCAGGGAUAUUGUUCAAAAGUUUACUGGGCCUUUUUUUCAGGCAUGCACAUGCACUAAAUGUUAAUAGACUGUUUCCUCAAUUUGUAUGUCGGUGCAAACACCACAGCUAUGCAAAAUACUGCAAAACUAAAUGUAAUUUAUUUUUAAAGUGUUGUGUGGGUAUGUGUGUUGAUAAAAUUUUGCAUACAUUAAAGAAAAAUUUUCAUUUGA